AAAAAAAAGCAAAAAAGAGAUGAGAGGCGGAGAAGCGGCGGUAAAGAGAAGAAAGACGGUGGGUUUCGGCGGAGCGCCGCCGCCACCACCACCAUCGAUCGAGCAACAUCGUCAACCACCACCAUCGAUCGAGCAACAUCGUCAACGCUUUAACUCAAGAGACUCCGACGCCAGUUUCGCUAGCAGCCGUCCUUCAUCGGUCGGUUUAGGCGGCCGAGGCAACGAUGACAGAUCUCACCAGUCAUCGAUGACUCGAGUCAUCAACGCCUUCCUCUCUUCUCAUAACUUCCCGAUCGUUAUCCGCGGUAAUCCUGUUCCUUCUGUCAAAGAUAUCACCGAAACCCUAAAAUUCUUACUCUCCGCCUUAGAUUACCCUUGCGAUUCCAACAAGUGGGAUGAGGAUAUCGUCUUCUUCCUCCGAUCUAAUAACUGUCCUCAUAAGAUCACUAAAUCUAGCCUCAAAGCUCCCAAUACGCCUCACAAUUGGCCUACUAUUCUCGCCGUUGUGUUCUGGUUGGUCGAGCACGCUCGUUACCGUCAACAUCGAGUAUCAAAUCCCACCUCCGUCCCCGAAGCUAACUCCAUGAGUUUCUACGCGAAUCAAACCUAUCUUCACUACAUUCGCGGCGAGGAUGAUUUGGAGAAUGCUUUAGAUGAUGAGUUCUCGGGGAAAUUGGACGCGGAGAAGACUAAAAUGGCUGAAACGAUCUCUGGUUGUUACGAUAUUGGAGGUGAAUUAGAGGCGAAACUUGAGUCGUUGAGGAGAGGUCCGUCGAAGAAAGAGUCUCUGGAGAGAGUUGUAGCCGAUCUUGAGAAAGAUGUGAAUAAGUUUCGAACGAUCGUUGUGGAGUAUACUGAUAGGACCCAAGCGGUGGAGAGAGCUGUGGAGGAGAAAGAUAAGGAGCUCAAAGCUAAGGAAGAAGAGAGAGAGCGAAUCUCUCAAGAGAAUAAAGAGCUGAAGAAGUCUGUUGAGCUUCAGAACUUUAGCGCCAGAGAUGUUGAGAGGAUGAGAAGAGAGUUACAAGCUGUGGAGAGAGAUGUUGGAGAGGCUGAAGUUGCUAGAGAUGGUUGGGAUCAGAAAGCUUGGGAACUCAAUUCACAGAUUAGGAAUCAGUUUCAUCUGAUUCAGACACUUGCCAUUGAUUGUAACCAAGCUCUUAGGAGACUGAAGCUUGAUGAUGUUCAGUUUGUUGUGAAAGAGAGAGGGGAAACACCUGCUGAGGUGAUGGGUGUGGAUUAUNCACCACCAUCGAUCGACCGUCCUUCAUCGGUCGGUUUAGGCGGCCGAGGCAACGAUGACAGAUCUCANAAGGUGGAGGAAUUGAUCACGUUACAACACCAAAUGUCUGAAAUGGCUUCGAAGAUCGAAUCCAAAAAGAGUCUUCUUGAGUCACUUCAGUUGCAGAUCAGUGAACUCGAAGAGAAGAUAAGGUUGGUGAAGAAGGAAACUCAGGAGUUUACUACGAAAUGUGACCUGGAGGCAAAAACAAUGGCAGAGAGUGUGAAAACGGAGGCUUUGAAUCUGGAAGAGGUGGAGAAAGAAGCUGCGGAGUAUUUGAAAGCUUCGGAGCUUAGUUUGCAAGAAGCAGAGAAGAAGACUGAAGAGGAGGUCCAAGCAUGUGCUGCACAACUCUUUGCACUUAUUGAUUUGGUAUCUAAACAGAAAGAGUACAUGGAUUCGAAGAUAUCCGAGAUCAAAACUGGUGUUGCUAAAACUGCUAGGUCUGUUGCAGAGAUUUAUAAAGCGAGCUUCAAGAAGCACCAUGGUAUCUAGGGAUCGGAUGGCAUUGACUGAUCCAAGAGUUUGUUAAAGCGUGAGUGAUUCAUAUCUAUUGUUGGUUUUGUCAAAUGGUCGUAUUUGCAUUAACGUGGUACUAUGUAUAAGAUUGGUGUCAUCAUUUGUUUUAGUCAGCUUCAUAAGAAUUUCUUUUGGCAUAUGAAUGAUGAUUCAGGAAGGAUAAUUGGAACUA